UCAUAUUUCACCGACCACCUUCUGCUGACAUAACCCCGGGCACAUGCCGCAUUCUUUCCGCUCACGAGCCCUCGUCGUCUCGAUCUUUCUUCAUCCCAUUCCGCUUACAUAGAGAGCCACCCAGAGCUAGCAGCACUAAUGACCCUGCCCUUCUUCAGGCACUCCCUCAACCUCUCAACGCCAACGUACGAGUCCCUCACCGCAUUUUCCGCCAAUGUAGCAAGACCACGACGGUCAAAAGACGACAAUCUCCCCCCUGUUCCCCUCCCAUCGCCCUCCACAGAACCUACCGCCCAUGGUGUGUUUCGACGCAUCACCAACAAGCUACGUUCCCCCACCAUCCCCCAUGGCGAAACAUCAUCCAAAUCGCGACCAAAUCCUACGUCUGCCUCGCAGGCAAUCUCGACCCCUGUGCUAUCGUACUCCCAGCGAAAAGUCAAUCGAAGUCGCAGCCGUGCCCGCACAUGUGAAUUAGCCCACGCAGCGGACGCGCCACAGCCCCCCCUCACUUUUUCCCCUAGGCCUAGGGGGCCCGUUCCCAACACCUUGCAGAAUUCCUUCACAUCCCCUGAGCAGCGAGAGGCUGCCUUCCGUGCGCUCGGCCUCAAUCCACCCCCAGCGACAUCGAGGAAAAGCCGGUAUAGGGAUGCAGACGGCUUCAUGAUCCCGUUGAGCGAGCAGGAGAAGGUGCUUGACCAGCGAUAUGCCGUUGUGGUCGAACAGAACAAAGGAGAGUCCGGAGAUGACGCUGAGUCCGAGGCGAAGAAGAUCAAGGAAGCAUGGCUGGCCCAGAAUACCGCCAAUCGGAAGCAAGGACAGGGCAAGGAACAGGAGCAAGAGCAAGCGCCUCCCCUCUCUGCUCAGGACCCUGAGGAGUCGGAGAAGCAGCAAUCAACCAUAAAGGGAAAGCCACAGCCCAACCGACAUGAGAUCAUGCGAGAGGAGAUGGCGCGCUCGCGUGCAACGCCCGUCGACUUGCCCGUUCUCAAACUAUCGGAAGCGGACCUGGCUGCCCCAGACUACAGCGCGAUACUCGAAGCAAUCACCAUCCCGCCAAAUCCAGAAUGUUUACGGCGGUCCAUGGUGCUACCGGACCUACCACCACCCCCGCCUCCUGUGCCCGACAAGCCACAAACCUCGACAGAAACCCGCACCCGCCGUCGGAGCGACGUCUCUGAACGGCUGUCCAAAUGGCUGCAAUCCGCCGUACCGUCGCGAUCCGCCACAGAGUCGUCAACCACACGAAUGUCGCUCCUCGGGCGCGCGCAUAUGCGCAACUCUGCCGAUAACCUGGUGGCACCGAGACCUGCAAGCCGGGGUUCGGACCGCGAGCGUGGACGGCGGCGGCUGAGCAUUGAUAGUCUGUUCUCUCGCGCGAGGUCGCACAGCGUCGGGGGACGGUCGUCGUCAGCGGAGACACCUGCGCACUCGACUCCUCGUCCGCCGCUGACACCGCGCAAGCCAUCUGCAGUCCCUCCCUCUUCGUUCAAGGGCGCGCCGGAGCAGCCUCCAGUCUUACUAACGGCGUCCCCACGUUCCUCUGAAUCCCGAGCCCGUGCCAGCCCCGUCCAUCGGCACAACCCCCAAUCGUCCGUAUCGACAUCCAACUCCCUCGACAGCAUCCUCGACAGCGCAUCAUCCCAGCCGCGCCUCUCACUAUCACACGCACACGGACACCGGCGCGGACGCUCCACGACCGUCUCCGACCUGCAGGCCGACCACGCGCUCGCGACGCCCGACAGCGGGCUGUCGGCGGAGAGCCGGGCGCGCGGGGCGCCGCUGCCUGCACUAUCACCUACGCGGAGCGCGUCGUCGUGCACGCCGAGUGAGCCGGGGCUGCCCACGACGCCGACGACGCUGUCGCACUCGGGAGAGUGUCAGCGCGCGCGCCGCUCGCAGACGACGUUGCAUGCGUGUGGCGAGGCCAAGGCGCAGGCGGUGUAUGCGCGCGAGGAGGAUGAGAGCGAGGAGGGGCCGGCGAGCCCGGGCGUCGCGGGGCUUGGGUCGGGGUACGCUGCGCGGAUGGAGAGCGAGGCGCAGAAGAUGCGAGAGCUGAUGGCGGCUGCGGCGUCGAGGUCGCGCACUCGGAAACCGAGCCAGGAGAGCGGACGGAACAAGGCAGCGGGGUUGGGUAUUUUUGGGCAUAAGAGCGAGGGUGCAGAAGAGGCACCAGCAUUCAAGAACCCGCGCUCGAUGAACUCGAUGCAGAACAUCCGGCGGAACGUCGUCGGCUCGCUCUCCAUCCUCCGGCGGCAGCGGUCCACUGUCGACCGCACCAACUCGGACUCGAGCGCGAACCCAGCGCAGUCGCCCGUAUCGCCCAUCUCGCCGCCGUCGGCGUUCUCCGCAGUUCCACCGUCGUCGUUCCCCGCUGCGCUUCGCAGGAAGGCCUCGGCAACACGCGACCCGAGCCCCGGCGCGGCGUCGACAAAGUCAACAGUGGGUGUUGGUCUGCGUCCGCGCCAGGCGCUGAGCCCUACGAUUUAUGAUCGCGGGAGCAUCCUUGCGGAGGCAGGCAGGAUCGAGGAUGAGGAGAGUCGGAGGCUCAGCGAGGCGGUCUUCCUUGAUUACUGAGUCUGUGUUUUGUUCUGGCGAUCGAGCUCGAUCAGCCACUCACUCAUGAUCACUUUUUUCGUUGCGUUCAUUCUCAUCAGAUGGAAAGAUCCGUUCUCCUUGCGUAUCAGUUUCCGCUCCUACUAUCAUUGCUGUCUGUUCAGUGUUCAUCUACUACCAUCCGCCACCGCCCGCGGGCGCUGUA